AUGCAACUCCUCCGCUUUCUCGUAUUGGUUUUCAUCAACACUGUUGCAGCUUCAAACUGUUCGGUUUUUGACAAUGGCAACUUCCAAGCAAGUUGUUAUUCCGAAGGAUUUGAAUUCGGGCCGCACUUCCUCAUAGGCGCUAUUUGCCUGCGGGCCGACAGUAAGAGCAACCGUACUACCAAGUUGAGUCUGUCAAAGUGCAUUGGUUACAACGUCAAGGAAAGCAAGUUGGUGUGGAAGGUCCCGUCGUGCAAUACCACCACGGCAGAUGAGCAGGGCUGGAAUAGUACACAGGGGCAAGAGAACUUGUCAGUCUUGCCAUCCCGAAGUCAAUGA